AAUCCAACAAUCAAGUUAAUGUUCCAUGUGAUGGAAUUAUAAUUACACAUAAAAGCUAUUAUGAAAACGUUUAAGCAGAAUUUAGCUAGUAAAAUAUUUAGAAUGUUUGUUUAGUACAUCACAAACCAGCACGUGCAUUACAAUAAUGACGAGCGCAAGGGGAGUAAUAUUGAUUCUGCUCUGUUCCAUAUUAUUGGCAGCAUACGUGGACUCAAAGCUUAUUGUGCACGUGACGAAGGUAGAAAUUGUUAAUAAUUACAAGAUUGCCAAUGCUUCUGCCCAAAUUCGACGAUAUGGCCCAUCGAUGAGAAAUUACGUGGCCGAUUUUCGCGUUGACUUGUUACAAACAAUCGCUAAUGUUAUGGUGAAUACCGUGUACUAUGUUCCGAAUCUAGCUGGCAUGUACGAAAAAGCGUUUUAUAAUCGGACAACUAAUUUCUGCACGUAUCUACGGCAACCAUUAACCGAUCGUGUCCUUAAAAUGGUUUACGAGAAUCUAAUCCAACGAGGAAAUCUGCCGAAGCGUUGCCCCUUGACCGGAACAUAUGCGUUUAACACAAGCUUCGAUGGUUUGAAUUUGCCCGGUUUUUUGCCGGAAAGCAGCUUCCGGUUUGAUCUUAACUUUCACCGUGGUCCACCGAAAAACGAACGCAUCUUCAAUGGUUAUUGGUACGGCGAGCUUAGAAGAGUGUCUUCAUAG